GGUCGCCGUGCCCCUUCUUCCUCCUCAGGGGACGCCCCGCCGCCCCUCAACGGCCAUCUGCCGCCGCCCCCGUCCUCCCAGCUGGUGAAAGUGGUUGUGCUGGGGGCAGCUGCCGUGGGCAAGACUGCCAUUACUAAGCAAUUCGUACACAACGAGUUUCCAACGUGCCACGAGCCAACGUCGGGUCGGGUCAACUACUGGCCGUCGGUGAAUGGUCAACGACCGAGUCUAUCAGCUGUGUCUCGCCGAUCUGCCCCCCCGUCAGAGCGUUCCCCCAAAACUCCUACUCCGAGUGGGCUGACUACCGCUUCUACGGACUCCGCUCUGCGAUGGCCUACAUGUUCGUCUUCGAUCUCACGUCCUACGAUUCCUUCACCCACAUCAAGGCCCUGCGAGACCAGAGGUACGAGUCCCGCGACAUGCGCGAGGUGGGCGUGGUGGUGGUGGGCAACAAGCGCGACCUGCUGGACUCCUCGGACGCCCCGGGACAAGGCGAGAUGCGGGAGGUGGCCGUGGUUCGCAAGCAGUGGAAGGCCUCGUAUGUGGAAGUGUCUGCCAAGUGUAACUGGCAUGUGGUGGCCGCUUUCCGAGAACUGCUCCUGGCGGUGGAGGACGCUCAGGCCCACACGCACGCACGCCCGCACAACCUACACGAACUCCACGAGGCGAUCGAGCACUCGAAAUGUACUAUAUUGUGAGAUAAGGCGGUGUGCCGUAGGUGCCCACUUGGUUUUAUUAGCAAGCUGAACGAAAUUACUCAAGCUGUACAUUGUAAGUUAAUCUCCGUAACAAAAACAAACAAACGCACAUGACUGUUCAUCCCCCGUCCUUUCUCCCCCUCCCCUCCUCUCCCACCCCUGUUAUAUAUCAUUUCCCGAAACGCACAAGCUCUCUCAGUGACGGCGACCAGGAGGGGCCGCGCGACCCGGCUCCCGCCCUGCACUCGCCAGGGGGACGCCGGUUAGCGGCCUCGGGCAGGCGACGGAGAGGCAGACACGCCCUGCUGCAGCCGCUGCCUGCUGGAAGGGCCUGGCGCGCAAGCGCAGCACCGGGCGAGUCCUGCUGCAAGAGGCUGCCGCUCGCGAAGACUGGCUCUUGCUGCACCGCGACACAUCUGGUUUACACUGGAAGGAGAUCUGAACCAUGUAGGAGGCUGUUAUGUGUA